AUGAUUAUUAUUGACGGAUCAUACAAUGAAGGAGGAGGAUAAAUGUUCAGAAGUGCCUUAGCUCUUUCGGUACUCUUUCAAAAACAAUUUAAAAUCACAAAUAUUAGAUCCAACAGGCCAAAUCCUGGAAUAAAUAACUAGCUUCUCAAUUAGAUCUCAUUAAUCACAAAAAUUAUCAAAUCUGAAGUUGAAGGCCUUAAAUUGGGUUCGGAAGAAUUUUCAUUCAGACCUCUUCACAAGUUUCUACCUGAAGACUUAGUUUGCCCAGCUCAAACAGCAUAAAGUAUAACCUUAAUCUUGUAAUCUUUGUUACCUAUUUCUAUUAAUGCUCAAAAACAAGUCUCCAUUACCAUACACGGAGGAACUUAUUUAAAUCAUUGUCCUACCAUCUAAGCUUGGAGCACAAUCUUCCUCCCAAUAAUAAACUAAAUGGGUCUCAAAUGUGAUGUUAAGGUUUUAAAGGAGGGCUACUAUCCUUAAGGAGGAGGCUAGAUUCAAGCUGUGCUUCAGCCUGUAUAAAAUACACUCAAUUAAUUAAUUAAGAAAGAAUAUACUAAAAUUAAUAAAUUGAAUUGCACUUACUUAUUAGGAUCUCCAAGUGACACUCAAAUAUUUGAUCAUUAGAUAGUGGAUGAAUUGAAAUAAUAUGCUGAGAAUGACUAAUUAAUCAUAAACAGUGAAAUAAAAAUCGUUAAUUCAAAAAAGUUCAAGAAAUGCUAUGGGAUUUCUCUGGUUAGUCAUUCGAAUUUGAAUUCUUAUGACUAUACUAUAAUAAAUGACAGCGAUAAAACAAUUGAAGAAACUCUAGCUAAUGUAAUAGGAAAUGCUAAAUCAUAACUGGAAUAAUAAAAUUGCUUUGAUGAUCAUCAUUAGGAUUAACUUCCUUUAUUGAUGGCUUUGGCAAAAGGUAAAUCGGAAAUUUUGGUUAGUAAGCCCACUUCCCAUACUGAAUCUUUAAAGUAUGUGAUUUAGAAAUUCCUUCCAGAGUGCUAGAUAGAAUUUGAGAAGUCAAAUAUAAAGGACAAUUUUAUAAUAUCAGUCUAAGGAGUAGGUUAUGUGUUUGAAUGA